AGACAAUUUUGCCUUAUGUGAAAUUUGCCGACUGCAAGUAUAAGAUAAGUCAUGUAACUCAAAGGCUUUUUAUUAUUAUUAUUAUUACAUGUGAGUUUUCAGUUGGUUGUAGGAGAGUUUCUGUUAUUGUUGAUUCCACCUGAACACGUCAGACAGACGGAGACAGAGAGUGAUCAGUAGUGGGCGGGGCUUCCUGUAUGAGACUCACCUGAGAGGAGACUUCAGAGGAAACUAGCAGGAGGAGACUCACUGGUUCUACUGAUCUCUGUCUCUCUCUGACGAAGCAGAGCUGGCAUCUCUCCAACCCUGAAGCUUAUUUAUGGACACUUUUAUCCUCUGACUUUUGGACAAGAAGCAAACACAGAAGAAUAUCGGAUUUUAACGUUUUUUUCUGCUACCAUUUUCUGCCAUUUGUCUGGUUUUCUUUUUUUUUUUUAGUAGCUUGUUAUUUAUCCAGAGUUGAGACUGUGAAGACACAUGGACAAAGUGUUGUGGAUUUGUUUGAAUUUCUGCAGUAAAAUGAGUUGGACACAGCUGCUCAGGAUUGUGCUCUGUGCAGUGACCUGCAGUCUCCACUCUGCUGCUGCUCUGCCUGCUGCAGGCUGUGAGGGAGAUGAGUGCAGCAGAAGCCAGACCUCCUCUUCAUCUUCAUCCUCCUCCUCUUUAUCACCCCCUUUAUCUUCUUCUGUGGUAGUGAAAUCCCCACAGCCCUCCAAGGACUUCCUGGGCCAGUUUACCCAGGUGAACUCCCCAAACAGUGGGGACCGUAAACACCGUGACGCCAGCGCCGUCCUGCCCUUCAUCGGCCUCACAGGCAGUGCUGAGCAGAGUCGCAGCUGCUGUAAGAACGGAGGAACCUGUAUCCUGGGCAGCUUCUGCGCCUGCCCUCCGUUCUUCACGGGGAGGAGCUGCGAAUACGACCAACGCAUCAGGACGUGUGGUUCCAUUCCUCACGGUGAAUGGGUUCAGAAAGGAUGCUCCUACUGUCGCUGUGGUUACGGCAUUCUGCACUGCUUUCCCCACGUCUUCCACAAAGACUGCGAUGACUCGCAGGAAGUACUUUGGUAUCGUUCGUCAGCUGUCAGAACAGUUCGGCCCGGCUGCUUCUUGUAUCUGACGCUGCUUCUUCCCCUGCUUCUCCUCCUCUGAUGUUUUUUAUUUUUUCAUUUUUUUUAAUGGAUGCUGGGCACCAACACUAAGAUAAUGUGAAACACUGAGCUGUGGACUAUGCCAGAUUUAUCAAGCUGCUUCUUCAGGACUAAUGAUCAGUCUCCAAACCCAAUCAGAGCUUUACAAGCUUUUAAAAAUAUUUAUUGUAUUUUUUUUUUGUCCAAGUGCUACAGUAGUGGAGAAGUAAACAAGUUACAGGUUAUAACUUUACACAUAAAUUCAUGCUCGGUCUCAUUUAAAACCUCUAAAGUGAAUCAGCAGUUUAACAGUGAACUGGAGUUCAAAACUGCUUCCGCUUCUUAAACCGUUCCUUCCAGUGGAAGGCCGUCUGUGUGUCUGUGUGUCUGUGUGUCUUGAAGAACAAAGUGUAUGUGAAGGAAGCUGUACAUAAUAGUUUUAUGAAAAGUAUGUUUUCUGUAGGUUCUGUAGCUUUAUGUGAUUUUUUUUUUUUUUAUUUGUAAAGAAGACACAGUUUCUUGUUUUUAACUUUGUCUUCUGUCUGUUUGCACAAACUGUGAGCUGAUGUGACCUUUUGUCCUUUUAAAUAUAAACAUGUAUUGAUAAUGUGUUUAUGAAGUUUUGUGUUUGUGUCAUGAGAAAGUUUGUCUCUGGAAAAACAUGUUUACAUCAUUAAAACAAAUGUGACACUGGGA